AAGCGUACUGAGAACUUCUUGUCUGUGUCCACGUGUGAACUGUCUGGGCAGCUUUUUCGAGAAAAAUGCCCAAAUUCAAGGCGGUCCGCGGGGUGGGGGUUCAGGAAAAACACGCGCCUCUUGCCGAGCAGAUUCUGGCUGGGGACGCGGUGCGGCUAGGGGCUCGGGAGAAGCGGCGGGGUCGCGGAACCGAAGAAGAGGAAGAGUAUGUAGGGCCCCGGUUGACCCGACGGAUUUUGCAGCAAGCGCGGCAGCAGCAGGAGGAGCUCGAGGCCGAGCAUGGGACUGGGGGCAAGCCCGCGGCGCCCCGGGAGCGCAUCACGCGGCUGGGUCCAGGAGUGCCACAAGAUGGAUCAGAUGAUGAGGAUGAAGAGUGGCCCACCCUGGAGAAGGCUGCCACAAUGACAGGGGUGGGCCACCAUGCAGAGGUGGUCGUGGACCCCGAGGAUGAGCGUGCCAUUGAGAUGUUCAUGAAUAAAAACCCUCCUGCCAGGCGCACCCUGGCUGACAUCAUCAUGGAGAAGCUGACUGAGAAGCAGACGGAAGUUGAGACAGUCAUGUCCGAGGCAACGGGCUUCCCUGUGCCCCAGCUGGAUCCCCGGGUCCUGGAGGUCUACAGAGGAGUCCGGGAGGUGUUAUCUAAGUACCGCAGUGGGAAGCUGCCCAAGGCAUUUAAGAUCAUCCCUGCGCUCUCCAACUGGGAGCAGAUCCUCUACGUCACAGAGCCCGAGGCGUGGACUGCUGCUGCCAUGUACCAAGCCACAAGGAUUUUCGCCUCUAACCUGAAGGAACGCAUGGCCCAGCGCUUCUUCAACCUUGUCCUGCUCCCCCGGGUACGGGAUGACAUUGCUGAGUACAAACGACUGAAUUUCCACCUCUACAUGGCACUCAAGAAGGCCCUGUUCAAACCUGGAGCCUGGUUUAAAGGGAUCCUGAUCCCACUGUGUGAGUCGGGCACCUGUACCCUCCGGGAAGCCAUCAUCGUGGGUAGCAUCAUCACCAAAUGCUCCAUCCCCGUGCUGCAUUCCAGCGCGGCCAUGCUGAAAAUUGCCGAGAUGGAAUACAGCGGUGCCAACAGCAUCUUCUUGCGACUGCUGCUGGAUAAGAAGUACGCACUGCCCUACCGGGUGCUGGACGCCCUGGUCUUCCACUUCUUGCGAUUCCGGACAGAGAAGCGCGAACUGCCAGUGCUCUGGCACCAGUGCCUCCUGACUUUGGCCCAGCGCUAUAAGGCAGACCUGGCCACAGAGCAGAAGGAGGCCCUCCUGGAGCUGCUCCGGCUGCAGCCCCACCCACAGCUGUCCCCUGAGAUCAGGCGUGAGCUUCAGAGUGCGGUACCUCGAGAUGUGGAAGAUGUUCCCAUCACCAUGGACUGAGGAAACAGUCACUCAUCCUGGUCUGAGGGGCGUGGGAGGACACCAGGAUCCCUGUUUGGUGACUAACAGAGACACUGAGCCUUUACAGCUGAAGGCUCAGUUUUGGGCAGUGACGGCUCAUGGGCAUCUGUGACUCCCAGUACCUGACAGGGAGGACAGCUUCUAGCUGGCUCCUUUUUCCAUUCUAGGCCAUCGUUCCUGCUCAGUUCUGGAACCUCUUUGAGAUUCCACAUACUGCCCUGCUGGGGCUUGGAGUAAGUACUUUUCUCUCUCAGGCUGUUGUGUCACAUCACUGGGAUGUGGAUAAAAAGGCGGUAUUUAUUGAGCUUCUGUGUUUUAAUGUGAUUAGCAGAGAUCUUUCUGCUUUCCCUCUUUAUCUGGAGGAAGGAAUUACUCUUCGGGUUCCUGUCUAGGAGUGCCUUCUCACCCAGUUUAUGCAUGAAUCCCUUCCCAUCCCUACUCUGCAGUCUUGCUGCUCCAGGCUGUACCCAGCAAGAGCUCCCGGGGGGCACAGUGUCUGCCUCUCCCCAGUGCAGGCUGCUUUGGGAGAAUGCCAGCAACCAGGAGGUGGUUCAAAAGAUGGUGUCUCAGCUGUGGAUGAAAGAGCUAGAGGAGAGUGGAAAUACAAGGGCCAGACAGAUCAGAGAAUACUGGUUGUGCCCAGGUUUGGGCCACCACCAGACAAGUUCACUUCCUAACUUUUCUUGACGGCUAGGAACGUUAGACCAGAGAUUGGCAAACUUAGGUCUUAUGGCUUAUGAACUAAGACUGGUUUUCAUAUUUUUUAGUGGGUGGAAAUUUUUUUAAACUAUUUUGUGACAGGUGAGAAUCACAUGAAAUUCAAAUUUCACUGCCCGUAGUUUUACUGGAACACAGCCACUGCCAUCUGUUUACAUGUCUUCUAUGGCUGUUCUCAUGCCACAGUAGCAGAUGCAAUCCUGGAACCUUGGCCUUUGAAAAAUGAAUUUUUCCCAGCUGAAUUCAUGUAUUUGGGGACAAUAUGAUCUCAUAAGGCAGAUAAUCUCAUUUA